CGAAAUUAUUUUUGACCAUCAUAUUCCACAUGGAGCCGGGGCGACUGAACUAUCACUAUGAGCUAAGUUGAUUAUUCGGUCCGAAUGAAAAAAUAUAUAAUUUUUUCGUGAGCCCGACCGAAGAUUCGUCAAUGCGUCAGUCACGAUCGGACCGCUCAGGCGUCAACAUCUCAAGACGGCCAGUCCUCGACGCGUACCCGAGUUGUGCACAACCCAUAGUACAAAAAUUAACGUACAAAAUUUUUUUCUCCUUACAGUACUGAGGUGAUCGGAUUAGUUGGUUUAUUUACUGAAAAUAGUGACAGUGCCUUGUACAGUGCGACAGUGAACAGGAUGUUUCUAUAUGGAACGUGGUGAUAAACGACUUAUAAAUCUAAAUUUAUUACAUUAGCGCUCAACAUUGUUUUUUCGCUUUGUGACAAAAAGUAUACGGGAACAAGUGAAUUAAAACAAUAAUUUAAAAAAAGUUACAAAAAAAAAACAGUGCCUUUAAUAGAUUUUAAGACGAAAAAGGGACAACAAAACAAAAUCACGGAGACAAAAUGCCAAGGAACUUGUUGCUGUUCAAAAAGUUAAUUCCUGAAAUAAAUUUCGCGAAAAGAAAUCUCACUUCACCACUCGGCCUCAAUAUAUUUAUCAGUUAAUAAAAAAAAAACAACAACAACUGGUGCUUAACUUCAACAAAGUUGACGAAAAAGUCCGGAGUGCCAUAAAAUUUUUUCGAAAAAUUCUUAUGGUGUCAAAACAUAGAAUAUAAUUUGCCUUAACCCGACAAAGUCGAAAGAAACAAGUUUUUACAAAGAGUUUAAAGAAAAAAAAAACAAUAAACCAAACAGUGAUAGUAGUAAUAGCAAUGCGAAUUCAAUUCGCACAGACAUCAGAAAAUCAUUUGUCAAAAAUAACUUAAGAAAAGAAGAAAAAAUUUCGGCAAGAAAUCCUUAUUUUGAAAUGAUGAAUAACAACCAGUUUCACGAGUUGUUCGGAUCUCAGUGGCCACCUGACCAGCACGGUGGUCACUCGUCAGCUUCGACGAUGCUGCACCAACAAUCGCAGAUACCACAAGUGCAGUUGAAGAGGGAACCACAUCCAGACGUUCCUGGCAUGCACAACCAAAUGGGAAUGGAUAUAUCAGGAUCUGUAGCUGACAGCACUUCACCUCCUCCCGGCAACAGCGAGGGAAUGUUUGGAUCUUCCAUAUCUGGCAUGUUCAUGGACAAGAAAGCUGCUAACUCCAUUAGAGCUCAAAUCGAGAUCAUACCAUGCAAGGUAUGCGGAGACAAGUCGUCGGGUGUGCACUAUGGCGUCAUCACCUGCGAAGGAUGCAAGGGCUUCUUCAGAAGGUCCCAGAGCACAGUGGUGAAUUAUCAGUGCCCUCGCAACAAGGCCUGCGUGGUCGACCGCGUAAACCGUAACCGCUGCCAAUACUGCCGUCUGCAGAAGUGCCUCAAGCUCGGCAUGAGCCGUGAUGCGGUGAAAUUCGGUCGUAUGUCGAAGAAACAACGUGAGAAAGUGGAGGACGAGGUUCGGUUCCAUCGUGCGCAGAUGCGCGCGCAGACCGAUGCCGCGCCCGACUCAGUGUACGACGCCCAGCAGCAAACCCCCAGCUCCAGCGAUCAAUUCCACGGUCAUUAUAACGGCUAUCCUGGCUACAGUUCACCGUUGUCAUCAUACGGGUACAGCGGCGCGGGGCCGGCGCUCACAUCCAACAUGAAUAUACCGCCGCAACAGCAACAGCCGCAGCCCUACGAUGUGUCGGCUGACUACGUCGACUCUACAACCACGUAUGAGCCCAAACAGACUGGAGGAUUCUUGGAUCCAGACUUCAUUGGGGGACAUGACGAACAACAAAAAAGUUCAACAAUCGUUCGACCGAGCGGUUCCACAUCGACCACAACUGUGACCACUCCGACAACGUCUAUGCGACAGACGACAAUGAACGAUAUGAAUCGAACUCGGAUACAACAGGACUUCGAUCGAUACGAGCAAGAACGAAUCCAAUCACCCGUAUCUAUAUCGUCAGGAGUGAUCAACAUAAAGCAGGAAAUUAAACCUGAAACUUCUAUGGGCGUUGAUAAUCUAGUCGCCAGCUAUGUUGAUUCAACAACGUUUCUACAUAGUCCUUCAAAUAUAAGACACAGUCCUAUGGACAUACAAAAUACUGUUCUUGUCAGUGGACAGAGUACAGUUUCUUUAACAAGUGAGGAACUGAGUCCGGACGAUCUAACGUCCAGUAGCGGACACGGACGUCUAAUGGACCCAUUGAACAUGAAUAUGUCAGGAAUGGGUAUGGUGAAUCCAAAUGCGGUGACGAACCGACGACAUCCAGGGUCGAGCCAGAGUGGAUCGAGUGGAGAUGAUUUGCCUUCUGAGGGUGAUAUCAGUAAGGUGUUGGUGAAGAGCCUGGCCGAAGCGCACGCUAACACAAACCCAAAGCUCGAGUACAUACACGAGAUGUUCCGGAAACCACCAGAUGUCUCCAAGCUUUUAUUCUACAAUUCGAUGACGUACGAGGAGAUGUGGCUGGACUGCGCUGACAAGCUGACCGGCAUGAUACAGAACAUAAUAGAGUUCGCCAAACUGAUACCCGGCUUCAUGAAGCUUACACAGGAUGACCAGAUACUGCUCCUCAAAUCCGGCUCGUUUGAACUUGCCAUAGUGCGUCUGUCGCGGCUGAUCGACGUGAACCGCGAACAAGUGCUGUACGGAGAUGUAGUGUUGCCUAUACGGGAGUGCGUACAUGCUCGCGACCCUCGAGAUAUGGCACUGGUUGUUGGCAUCUUCGACGCAGCGAAGACAAUCGCACGACUCAAACUGACGGAGACAGAACUCGCGCUGUACCAGAGCCUUGUACUUCUUUGGCCAGAACGGCACGGCGUGCGCGGCAACCCUGAGAUCCAGUGCCUGUUCAACAUGUCAAUGGCGGCCAUGCGGCACGAGAUAGAGACCAACCACGCACCUCUCAAGGGUGACGUCACCGUACUAGACACGCUGCUCACUAAGAUACCCACCUUCAGAGAGCUCUCGCUGAUGCAUCUGGAGGCGCUGUGCCGCUUCAAAGCAGCGCACCCGCAGCACAUGUUCCCGGCGCUGUACAAGGAGCUGUUCUCUCUUGACAGCGUGCUCGACUACACACACGUUUAGGCGACAGGUGACUGGCUCGCGACAGGUGACAGGAUCACGACAGACUCGCGACAGUUUCGAUCUCAUUUUUGCCUACGGAUGCAUUCAGGCGGCAGUGAGGCGGGCCCGGUAUCAAUAUCAAGACACGACAGCUACGUUUCGUUUAGUCUCCCCUCCUUCCUUAACUGGAACUGAAGACAUCCGCACGUCGUUUGUUAACCUAUUUAUAAUUGUAUGUAUGUACUUUGAGACUGUUAUAAUAUAAUAUUUACGUAUAGGUACGUACGUACAAUAUUAAUAUUUAAAUGUUUAUUUAAUUCGAUUCUAGGGACGAGCGAGUGUCUUCAGAUUAUUUACAUUUAUUAUGACAACGUAUCCAUUGAUGUUUGUGGGUUUUAAUGUUCGCGAGACUAUGAGUUAUGUAACGGGAACGCGCGGAACCUGAGAGUAUGCCCUUUUUAUAUUCAACAAUAUGUAAUAUAAUCAUAUGUGUAUUACAUAUUGUAUGUAUAUAAAGGACGGAAUAUUAUUAUCGUAAAUUGUAUCUAACUUUGAAUGAAGAAAUAAUAAUUAUAUAUAAAGAUAUAAUAAUAGAAAUAGAGUUUUUAUUAAGAAAUAAAUAAAAGUUAUAAAGAUGUAGACAGGUUUUGAAGAUCACACAACAGUUUCUUAUAAGCGAGACAUUUUAUGGAUAGGUCUUUUUUUAAUUAUUUUAUUAGUUAUUUUAAAAGAGAAAUGUAACUUGUUAUUUAUUUCAAAUGAUUAUUAAUAUUGAUGUUUUUUUCUUCUUCUUCAGUUGUAGAAUGUCGGAUUAUGUAAUGUAGGCUUACAGAAUACUGCCUUAUUUUGUAUUUUUUAUUUUCUUUAGCUUGUUUUAAUGGAUCAAAUGAGUCGAACACAUUAAACAAAGCAACGGAAAACCUUUGAAAAAUAUAUAACGUAAUUUAAAUUAAAUUAAGUUGCAUCAUAAGGUUUUGAUGCGCGGUGAACAAAAAGUACAGUCAGAAGAAAACAUUCCGUUUUUGAGUGCCGCGGUAUUGAGUUUAUUUAUAUUUAACCGCUAAUUUCCACUUUUGUAACUCUUCUUACAUAUUGUUAUCUCUACUUUUUAAAUGAGAAUGAGCGGGAUGACUAUAUGUUUUUGUCUGUAGUUGUUUUAUUAGUGGAAAUAGACGGUAACCUUUGACUUUAUUUUCACCUUGUACUGAGAUGAGAAAGUCGAAGCGUUUUUGUUAUGUAGAAUACCACCAGCGUUUUUCAUGUGUUCAUUUUUCAAAUUAAUGUUAAUUUUUAACGCACGAUUUUUAUACGAUAUUGUUUAUUGUAUCGUUAUUUUAUUUCGAUUUUGUAUCAUCAAUUUUUUAGAUUAAUGUUCGUGGAUGAUUUGUAAAAUGAACGCUAUUUUUUUAAUGGCAUUCAAAAACGGGAUGGGGUUAAUUAAAUUGUAGAGACAAAAAUGCGUUUUGUAUGUAUAGCAGGCAAUUUACAGUUUUUUUUGUAUCUUUGUUGAUUAAAUUUGAUCUCAUUGUGUUUGCACUUUUCUUCGCUUGGGUGCCAUGUUUGGAUUUUUUUAAUUCGUACCGCAUAAUACAAAAAAUAAGUUGAUGCAUAAUAUUUACCUUAGUAUUUUAAACAGUAAAGUACAUUUUUUACAUUUUUUUUACAAUUAUACGUAAGUUAUUUCGCUUUUUGGUAAGUUUUUUUUUACAUUUUUUCUUUAAUUAUUGCUAAAUAUUUGAUUGUUUACGUAAUUUUGACGCAUCUAAAUUGCCUGCUACGUUUUUAGAAUUAUCUAUAACCAUCAAUUUUCUAACACUUACGCUAAGUUUUGUCGAAUAGCCUUUACUAUAGACUGGUUUAUAAUAGUGUUAAAAAAGUAUAAAUCUUAACUCGUAUUUUGUAAAUAGCUAAUAUUCAUAUGUAUUUUAUAUUAAAUAUCAUAAUAAGGUUCGAUGGGUUAUUUUUAAUUUUACAUUCUAUUAAAAAUAAAAACAGAUUUUCCACUUGGAUUGAGAGAUGUUAAUCUUGAAAAGUCACGUGAAAAAUGUUGUUUUUUUUCCUUUCUAUAU